UCGCAACAAUGGUUAUUUUCUACUAAUCACAAAGAUAUUGGUACUUUAUAUUUUAUCUUUGGGGCCUGAGCUGGUAUAGUAGGAACUUCUUUAAGAAUCCUUAUUCGAGCCGAAUUAGGUCACCCAGGAGCUUUAAUUGGAGAUGACCAAAUUUAUAACGUAAUUGUUACUGCCCAUGCUUUUAUUAUAAUUUUCUUUAUAGUUAUACCAAUUAUAAUUGGAGGAUUUGGAAAUUGACUUGUACCUUUAAUAUUAGGAGCUCCUGAUAUAGCUUUCCCACGUAUAAAUAAUAUAAGUUUUUGACUUUUACCUCCUUUAACUCUAUUAUUAGUAAGAAGUAUAGUAGAAAAGGGAGCUGGUACAGGAUGAACUGUUUACCCACCUUUAUCUUCAAUUAUUGCCCAUAGAGGGGCUUCAGUUGAUCUAGCUAUUUUUUCCCUUCAUUUAGCCGGGAUUUCUUCAAUUUUAGGAGCCGUAAAUUUUAUUACUACAGUAAUCAAUAUACGAUCGACAGGAAUUACAUUUGAUCGAAUGCCUCUAUUUGUUUGAUCAGUGGUAAUUACGGCAGUACUUCUUCUUUUAUCUUUACCUGUUUUAGCUGGAGCUAUUACUAUAUUACUAACAGAUCGAAAUUUAAAUACUUCAUUCUUCGACCCAGCCGGGGGAGGUGACCCCAUUCUUUAUCAACAUUUAUUUUGAUUCUUUGGACACCCAGAAGUUUAUAUCUUAAUUUUACCCGGAUUUGGGAUAAUCUCCCAUAUUAUUAGUCAAGAAUCAGGAAAGAAGGAAACAUUCGGUUCUUUAGGAAUGAUAGCUAUAUUAGCAAUUGGUUUAUUAGGAUUUAUUGUUUGAGCUCAUCAUAUAUUUACUGUAGGAAUAGAUAUUGAUACACGAGCAUAUUUUACAUCUGCAACAAUAAUUAUUGCUGUACCAACAGGUAUUAAAAUUUUUAGUUGAUUAGCUACUUUCCAUGGAACUCAAAUCAAUUAUUCCCCAUCUAUUUUAUGAAGAUUAGGAUUUGUAUUUUUAUUUACUGUAGGGGGAUUAACAGGUGUAAUUUUAUCUAAUUCUUCUAUUGAUAUUACUUUACAUGAUACUUACUAUGUAGUUGCUCAUUUCCACUAUGUUUUAUCAAUAGGAGCUGUAUUUGCUAUUUUAGGUGGAUUUAUUCACUGAUAUCCAUUAUUUACUGGAUUAUCUUUAAAUCCUUAUAUAUUAAAAAUUCAAUUUUUUAUUAUAUUUAUCGGAGUAAAUUUAACUUUCUUCCCCCAACAUUUCCUAGGAUUAGCAGGUAUACCACGGCGAUACUCUGACUAUCCAGACGCUUACACAGCCUGAAAUGUAAUUUCAACUAUUGGAUCAACAAUUUCAUUAUUAGGAAUUUUAUAUUUAUUCUAUAUUAUCUGAGAAAGUUUAGUAUCACAACGACAAGUAAUCUUCCCAAUUCAAUUAAAUUCAUCAAUUGAAUGAUUACAAAAUACUCCACCUGCUGAACACAGAUAUAAUGAAUUGCCUUUAUUAGUUAAUUUCUAA